UCAAAAUCAACUGGUCACAGUUUUAAGGUCUGAAAAAUCGGACCGUUUUACCGCAAGUGGACGCCCUACAACAGUCACUGAAAGACCGGCCCUGACGAUGACGGUUGUCGCGUUUACCUGUUUGGCCGGUUUGGUGGCAUAUCUUCUGAUAAGCAUGACGGCGGGGCAACAGUCGGACAUGAUUUCCAGAUGGAUGCAGCGGCCAAACCGUCCAAUGCAAGAUCAGUUAUUGCAGAAUGUCCAGAACCAGGUGAGUCUACUGCAAGGGGCCGGGGCCAGUGGGUCGGGCUCCCUCCUGAGCCGGAUGUCCGAAAACGUGAACAGAAUCACCCAACGACUUAUGAAUAGCAUGAAUUCCGGCCCUGGGUUCGACAGCGUAAAUAAUAACGUUAUGAGUCCGGUGAAUUUAUUGCUGCAACCGACACAGAAUCUGCAAAAUCAGAUUUUAAAUGGUAAUGACAAUAAUCCAUCGCAGAUACGGUUGUUGAGUAGUCCUUCCGGAUCGCAACAAAUUUUACCGGGGAAAUUCGACGGCUUGACUAUCAUAGUAAGAAACGGAAGUUCUACACCAAUGAUUUUCCAACAGCCGAAGAGCGGCGCGGCUCAGCCGAAUGACGCAAAUUUAGCACUUGGAAAUCUGUUUACGUCUUUAGGAUUCACCUCCCCGCAAUUGUCGCAAAAUUUUGGAAAUCUUCAAGGUGACGGUCGGCCGUCACCUGCUCUCCCCUCUAACCAAUUCAGCGUGUUUCUAGGUCAGACGCCAGACGUUAACGCCGGAACUAUGUUAAAUCUCGGCGGGCUGCUUCAGCCGAUGAUUGGUGGCGCUCAAGUUCAAAGCUUUUCCCUUCCAGUUGAACAAGCAGCCGACAUUAAGUCGUCUAUAGGGCAGCGAACUCAAAACGAUGUCCGUAAUAAUCAGGCAGGGAUAACAUCUCAGCUGCCCGACUCAACGGCUUUAAAUAUUGAAAUAGCGAGGCGCUCAAACAACGCUAUUCGGACAAACGCAGACGCCGGCGCUCCAAAUAUGCGUUUCGGAAAUAUCUUCGGUAGUGGAUUCACGUCUAACACCGAUCGGAACAGCGUCGGUGUCGAUUCUGGUCGACCUAGGACAUCUUCUAAUACUGGUGACGCAGCUCAAAGUUCGUUGCCGGGAAUUAACGUCGGUUCCGGGCCGAGAGUGAGCCUGACGCCAACCACUUCCGCCCCUCCAAAAACGCCCAGCAUUCCACGUCAAUCGGCGACUCCAGCAGAUACCCUAACGUGCACGGCAGAAUAUCGACGUCUUCCGGGCCACACCCUGUGCCUUAAGGACAACAGGGACGUGACCAAGUCAGGGGUCAAUAUACAGGACCGGCUGUUCAUCACACAGUUCCACAAUGACCUACGAGCCAACGUGCAACCGCCUGCCGCCGAUCUCAUGAAACUCCAAUGGGAUGACCGACUGGCGGCAGUUGCACAGAAAUGGGCCAAACAAUGCGUCCUGGCGCAUGACGAUGAACGAAAAAUACCGGAGCUCGGCCUCACGGUGGGGCAGAACGUUGCGGUGGGCUUUGAGAGUUGGCAGGAGGCGAUCCGGAUGUGGUACGAUGAGAUCUCCAUGUACCGCUACGGCUUCGAGCCAGACUCCUACCUGGGACCCGAGGGCUGGCGCCAGAUCGCGCAUUUUACACAGAUCGUUCAGAACGGGACGUUUCUGGUGGGUUGCGGUUACGCGGAGUGUCCGAACACCAAGUAUAUCCGGUUCUUUGUGUGCAACUAUGCGUCAGGCCAAUCAAAUCUCGCCUAUCCGUACACAGCUGGCUCCCGAUGUGAAGUCUGUCCUCACAACUGUAACAACGGAUUAUGCGACUGCAAUGGUUUGAUUUGUCUGAACAAGGGCCGUCUUAACCCAGGGGCGUGUAAAUGUGAAUGUCCGAAGCCUUACACAGGGGAACAGUGUGAGAGAGUGGACUGUCCCGCCAGAGACGCCUGGGUGUGUGGCAGGGACUGGCCCGCGAGCUACUGUAACCUCUUCUACAAUGUUCCGGAAGAGUGUCCUCACAUGUGCGGCCUGUGUCCCGGUUUCGGAAACGGUGGCAGUAAAGGCGGCUUUCCUUCUGUGACGACGGCGGUGAACGUCACAGUGUUCACGUCAAGUCAUGGCUGUCGUUACGAGGGCGCCAGAGAUGACGUAGCCACGUGCCGAGCAUAUGGUGACAAAGGCAACGAUAUGAAGAUGUGCGCCAGCGAGGGCGGGGCGGUCGGGUGUGACGACUGCACGAGAUACUUCAACAUCAAGAAAGACUACUGCCCCGUCAUGUGCGGACUAUGCGAUCCGCCGUGCAGCGGGAAGCGCUGUCUGAACGGAGGAAGCCUGGACACCACUUCCUGUUCCUGCAUGUGCAAGAAACCUUUUACUGGCGACAAUUGUGAAUUCGCACAAUGUCCGAACGAGGGUGAUCCGGGACAUUGUCGGUUCUGGAACCCCGGUUUUUGCCGAAAAUACACGAACGUCCCCGAGGAGUGUCCGUAUAUGUGCGGAAUAUGCAAAGCAGAAGGGGCGGUCACGCGAACAAAAACGCAUAUGUCUGAGCCGAAUGAAGCGUAAUCUAUUAAAGCUUUAAGAUACAAUUGUCAGGGGGUUUAGAUUGUUUGUAAUGUUUGGACUGAAAAGGGAUUGAAUGUCAAGUUGAAGGUUCUGACUAGUAGGAAAGUCUUGUAAUUUUUUGUAGUAAAUUAAACUCAGCAAUUUAUCCGAGGCCUAGCACGUUGACGAGAACGAAGAAACAUUGUUAUUUUGAGUGCACAAAAUUCUCGCAGAAGUGAAACAAGUUUUGCAGCAUACCUCUUUUUUUAUGUGUGCCUUGCUGAAACUGUCCGGGUCUGAUGCCAACAAACAGUGUAGACGAACACCGAAGAGCGUCUUGAACUAAAGAGCCUCGUUCGGUAAAAUUUGGUUAUGAAUGUGAAAGAUUAGCACUUUCUGUCUGCGAUGGAUUCUCUUUUAUAAGAGACUUCCUUGACACUUUACACACGUGCACUAAGACAAGUCUUCCCAGAGGGGGCUCGAAUGCCACUACGAAAACGUUUGUCACGCUUGGGGAUUCGUUCACAUUUCUACCAACAUGUUUCCGACGUAGAUUGUUAAUGAAAAUAAAAUUAUUGCAGAAUGCGCAGAAAGGAGAUAAGUUACAAAGUUGAUUAUUUGUGUUUGUAGUGGAAACUAUUAUAUUAUUGCUGUAAAUAUUUGAUUUUGUAUUAAUGUUUUAUUUUAAUUUUAUAUAGUAUGUAUUUAUUAUUCGUCCAGAUGUGUUUAAAGUGUGAAUAAAUUUAUUUGA